UCGUCUUCCCCAUCGCACCGGCCCGGGCCGUCUCCCCUUCUCCAGCGUCGGAUCUCCCAUUCCCCACCCCUCCUCGCAGCGCCAACCACCGUCCUCCUCCUCCCCCCUUCCUUCUCUCCCCUCCGCUCCUCCCCCCGCGCGCGCGCGCGUUUUUAUAAGGGUUUCGGGGCGCCGGAUGGCGGACGACGACAGCGGGAGCCCCCGGGGUGGCGGCGGGGUCCGGGAGCAGGACCGCUUCCUCCCCAUCGCCAACAUCAGCCGCAUCAUGAAGAAGGCCGUGCCGGCCAACGGCAAGAUCGCCAAGGACGCCAAGGAGACCCUCCAGGAGUGCGUCUCCGAGUUCAUCUCCUUCGUCACCAGCGAGGCCAGCGACAAGUGCCAGAAGGAGAAGCGCAAGACCAUCAACGGGGACGAUCUGCUCUGGGCCAUGGCCACGCUCGGAUUCGAGGAGUACGUAGACCCCCUCAAGAUCUACCUGCAAAAGUACAGAGAUAUGGAGGGUGAUAGUAAAUUGACCUCAAAAUCUGGUGAAGGAUCCGUGAAGAAAGAUAUAAUUGGUGCUCAUAGUGGUGCGACUAGCUCAAACGCCCAAGCGAUGGUUCAGCAUGGAGGUUACGCCCAAGGGAUGGGUUAUAUGCAACCCCAGUACCAUAAUGGGGACACCUGAAACUGAAGAUCAGGCAAUUUUCGGCAAUGGGUAUUGCUCCAUGAGUGGUUAUCUAUCUGUUAAGGAAGCCGCCCCAACAUUAGGUUCAUGAUGAUCAUUGGCUGGAAACAGUUGGUUGUGAUGGCUGCCUCCAAGAUGUAAAUUGCUUCCGAGAGAAUAGAUUCACCUAUUAUGGUUUAGUGCUUGUUUUUAUCUGUACAUUCAGAAUAAUUCAGCCGUUGGUAGUUUGGCAAUCUUUUGUUUUCAGAUAUUUGUAUUAGGAAGCAUAAAUAUAUUGCAACUGGGUAUUAACUUAUAGUGGUGCGUUGUUUCCUGUGCCCUCUCCGGGGUGCAAGGCUCGCCAGACAGACAUCCACCUGUGCUUAAGACUUGUGAUGCAACGUGCAAGCCAACUGAGUUGUAAAAUUGCA